CUGGGCCCCUUGCAGUGGGGGGAAGGCAUCAAACCCCCAAGAUGGCGGCGGCGUCGGAGGAGCGGAUGGCCGAGGAAGGAGGCGGCGGCCACGGCGACGGCGGUCCUUGUGCGGCCGCCGGCUCUGCCCAGCGCCUGCCGCCCCCGCCCCCGGCCCCGGCCCCGCAGCCGGGCUCCCAGGCGCCCCCGGCCCCGCCGCUGGCUCCCGACCAGCUGCCUCAGAACAACACGCUGGUGGCGCUGCCCAUCGUAGCCAUCGAGAACAUCCUCAGCUUUAUGUCCUACGACGAAAUUAGCCAGCUCCGCCUGGUUUGUAAAAGAAUGGACUUGGUCUGCCAGAGAAUGUUGAAUCAGGGAUUUCUAAAAGUGGAGAGAUACCACAAUCUAUGUCAGAAACAAGUUAAAGCACAACUUCCAAGGAGGGAGUCAGAAAGAAGAAACCACUCGUUAGCUCGCCACGCAGACAUUCUUGCCGCCGUCGAAACAAGGCUCUCACUGUUAAAUAUGACUUUCAUGAAGUAUGUGGAUUCCAAUCUCUGUUGCUUCAUCCCAGGAAAGGUGAUCGACGAGAUUUAUCGUGUGUUGAGAUACGUCAAUUCUACCAGAGCCCCUCAGCGAGCUCACGAAGUACUUCAAGAGUUAAGGGAUAUUUCCUCCAUGGCAAUGGAGUACUUCGAUGAAAAGAUCGUCCCAAUUCUAAAGAGGAAAUUACCAGGAUCAGACGUCUCUGGAAGACUCAUGGGCUCUCCUCCAGUUCCGGGACCUUCUGCGGCCCUCACGACCAUGCAGCUCUUCUCCAAGCAAAACCCGUCGCGACAGGAGGUCACCAAGCUCCAGCAGCAGGUGAAGACCAACGGCGCGGGGGUGACUGUGCUCAGGCGGGAGGUGUCGGAGCUGCGCACUAAAGUGCAGGAGCAGCAGAAGCAGCUUCAGGACCAGGACCAGAAGCUGCUGGAACAGACGCAGAUCAUCGGCGAGCAGAGCGCGCGGCUGGCUGAGCUGGAGCACAAGCUACGGGAGGUCAUGGAGAGCGCUGUCGGGGACGCUGCGGCGUCGGGGCACGGCGAGGAGGCCCCCCGGAAGCGGAAAAAGGCAACGGAGGCCACGGACUCUCUUAGGAAAUCUAAGCGGCUCCGGAACCGGAAGUGAGGCGGGGCGUGCCUGGAGCUGCAGAGGGGGACCAGGCCCGGCAGCGUUGGCGGUGACGACGGUGGCGGGAACGGUGACGCGGACCCGGAUGCCCAGUUGGCUUCUCGGGCUUUCGGGACACACCUUCCGCUGGAACCCUCCGGGCUGGGACGCCGUGUCCCCGCCUCCUGGUGGGACCGACGCACAGAUUCUUUUUACUUUGCAAUAGAUUUGUACUAACCAGACCUGCUCUAUCAUGUCGAGGAGUUCACUUUUUUCUGUGCGGAUGGUGUUUAAAGUCGGUUUAUUUGUCCUGCGUAUAUGCACAUUACAGAAGGACCUGAAACAAAGUCUGGACAGACUAGAAGUUAAGUCAAAUACAGAAAACGUCCUGUUUCACUUGAAAGAAGAGACCUACUUUUUAAAUGGACAGUAUCUUGUUUAAAAAAAAAAAAAAAAAGCUGACCUUUUGUUAUAAGUGACCUUUGUCUGGAAUGUCUGAAAAGUAGUAAAUGCUUUUUGGUAUUGAAGUAAUGGGUAACUAAGACGGACUUCCAUAGCGUUGACUGUAGAAGGGGCCUCUACAGUAUUGACUAUCUAUUUUUAUAAACUACUGGCAAGGGACUUCUCCAGUUGUUAGAUACAUGUUUUCAGUUCUCUUUGGGGGCCAUGUCCUACAUUUGCAUGGAUGGAUGCAUGCAUCGCCUAGUCAGCUCACUUAAACAGCUCUUGCACUGGUAUUGAUCUGGAACCUCUGUACUUCUCCACUUUUUAGAGCAGCAGCGGUUUCUUCCGGCGCUUCACGCCCUCCACCCCGGCAGCUCGCCUCUAGGGAGGAAUCUGUUAGUCCAUUUGCCCUCCGGUCUUACAGGAACGAGAGGGCUCUGAAGCCCAUCGCUUUGUCUGUUCUCUGUAGGGUUCAGGUACACUGGCCAAGGCAGAAGCCCAAACUCCAAGACUCUAUUGAUGUCGGACUCUGGUGACUACAGGUAUCCCUUACUCACCACCGUGUGUGCUCACGGAGCCGUGUGGCGAUCACCACGGCGGUGAGUAGGGGACCUAGCUGUGGGAUGCAGUUUUGCCAUUGAAAGGAAGCUCAUUGAAGAAAAUCGUACAGCGAGAAAGCAUUUUGAUCAUUUCGUUUCUGGGGGAUGACCCGAGGGAAGCUUCUAAAUGUUAAUUUCAAGCUUUCCUUAUCCUACAACUUUAAACAAAAGCUUUAAUUUUCGUUUGCACUCCUGUUUUGAGCGUGUAACUGGAAAAGCAUGUCUUGCACUGUUCACCCUUCUAAGCGGUCACUUUAACAACCUCCAAAUUGUGUGCGGUGGUUAUUUCCCCCAGUUGUAUAUUUUUGAGACAUUUCACCUCUUAGUGUCCUAGAUUUAUUUUAAUGUACUAAAUUAUGUAGUUAUUAUUUGACUGGUGAGUUCUUUUAAACAACUGUUGCCGUGGGCUUCAGUUAUUUAAAAUAAGUUUAGGUGUAAUAUAGAAAACUGUCCCUUUCCAGGUGGGAGUCUGACACCUGCAUAAAACCUAAGGAUUUGGUAAGUCCCUUAGUUGAAUAAAAGCACAAGGUUACCACCCUUUUUAUCCGUCCAACACGACAUGGUUAUGCAUCCUUUAACCUCACCAAAUGGAACUUUUUCUUAUCCAUUUUUAAUAUUGUCCUUACAGAAUACUGUCCUUAGAUUUUGGUCCAUUCUAUGUCUGACUUGGAAACUCCAUUGACAAUGUUGUGUGUUUGCAAUGAAACACCAUAACAUCCAAGUGUUACAUGGUUUGUUGGGAAGGUAAUUUUAAAAUAAAACAAUUUCCAAAAAACAUUUGUCAGCCAAGGUCAUCCAUAAAAGUCCCCGUCUGGAACUCAUUUUCUCAGCAGGUCUCGUUUUUGUAAUCCUAGGAUUUAGCCAUAUUGUCCUAACUUUGGAGCAGGCCCACCGGAUACUCCAUGGCCUUUACUAGUCUGCUUUCCUGGUAAUAGGAAGACUCUUUAAAGUAACAUGUUUACAGGUUUACAAAGUCAGAUCCUGAUGCAUCAAAGGAUAGAACCUCAGAUGAUCAACAGUUGUUAAUUGUUUCAACUUUUCCAGGUUCCUUUGUAAACCACAUCUAGAUACCCUAAAUGUAUGUGUAGUCUUCCAUUAGUUAACAUGAGUGUGUGGCUUCCAUAACAGGCAUUCACACUAUCAGAAGGUAGAUUUUUCUGUUUCAAAAUCCACAUUUCCAGAGGACACGCUUAUAACCACGUGUCACGAGGUCAGUGCCCGUAGCGGUCGGGGAUGAAGCACAACACAUUCAUCAGCGGUUUGUUUAAGGCUUAAAUCUGGCCGAAGAUCUCUCGCUGAAAAGCAUGUUAGGAUAGCGCCUUGACCAAUUUGAUGGCUGUUGUACUUGCUUUUGGAUAGCAGUAUUUAAGGUUCAGCAGAUGACAAAUUAUUGGCAUCAGCUAAAACUGCCACGUGGCGGCAGGAAAGGUGUAGAUGAUCCUCCCGCGCUGGAGCUGCCUCGCCCCGUGUCAGACGGCAGGCUCUUCGGUGCUGCGUGUGAGUUGUGUUGUCCUGGGACCGCACUUCACGAAUCACCCUCGGCUGCUUUUCAGGGGAGGCUUCUCUAUCGUAAUGGGUCGCGCCCACUUGUAAACUGGGUAAGGUGAGCGCCAUAGACAUAGACACGUGUGGAAAGGCAUAAGAAGGAAAUGACGGGGACUUGCCCCUGCCUCACCCUAACGGAGCCAUAAUCUGAAAGAUGGAUUAUUUCAGAACCCAAGGUUACAGAACCUGCUGCUUUUCAGUUCCUCUUUUAUGUUCAGAGCCUGGAAAUAAUGAGGCAAACACAGAUGUGGUCAGAGUAAUUAAUCACACUGUUUUAAAAACUAUUGGGUGCCAUCUGGUCUAAAGCCACUGGUUUUGGAAGCAGUUUUUUUUUUUUUUUUUUUUUUUUUUGGGUAAAACGUGUUUUUUGGAGUACUGAACUUUACAGGGGCUUGCCUUAAUCUCUAGUAGUUUCAAGAUGUAUGCGCUGUUAUUCUACUUGUUAAAAUGUUAAAAUGUUCUAUGUAGCCCCGAAGGUGGGUAAAACAGUAUAAGUAAUGCCUAAAUAAAUAAGCUAAAGGUGUCACUACAGCUGAAUUUUUUUUAGAAGAAAUGGACACAUGAACAUAGGUUAUGUGUAAUAAACAAAAAUUAUGGCACCUGAAGAUUGCACUAUUUUAUGCAUUAUUUUAUAUGCCACGUCAUAGCCCGCACUUUAAUCUCCAAAGAAACGAUGUAUGAUGUCCCAGUUCCUUAUUACUAAUAACCUUUUUCCUAAGACAGGGCACUUAACUCUAUUUUCCUGAAAUAGUUUCUUGGAGGUGGAUUCUUUUCUUGAGUUCUCUAUUUCCUUAGCCAUAAUAUUUUCUAGGAUCUAGGAACUCCCUCCUAUCUUGUCUAUUUCCAACACUAUAUAAUUUUAAUUUAAUGUGAUGUAAAAUCUCAUACUUGGUGAUCAGCACACUCUUACGUCCUGCCCUAGCAGUGAGUACCCAUUUGUUAGUAUUUACCAAACCCUCUAAAAAUACCACGCAAGUACGAUUUGAAACCAAGAAUAAAGGCAUUCUGAAAGGAGCGUCCUCUAUGAUGCAGUCUCUUGGAAAUGACUAUUUCUAAUCUAUAAUAUAAAGUCCCAAUUCGAUAAUGCCAUCCAAGUUCUUGAGACCAGAGUCCCUUUAGUCCAUGAAAGGUUAAUUAGAAGGUUAAGACUCCUCUGAAAUAACAAACAUCUGUAGCCUGCCGUCUGAGGUCGAAUCUUUUCAAAAAAUACUAACAUAAAAAAUGAAACUAGCAAUUAGUUGACUGCUGCUUACCAUUUUGUUUUUAAUAGCAGUCCAUUGUAUUCGUGGUAAGUAUGAUAGGCUUAAGUAAUGUCGGCCUUUUCCAGCUUCCUAAGAAUCUGUUAAAUUCCUAAAAUUCAAAAGUUAAAUCCAAAUUUUUCCUCUUGUGUCUGAAGAGAAUGAUGAGAUUUACACGCUUACUGGUGAUUUAUUAGGUCCACUGCCAAAGUAUGUGGUCCAUAUUCAAAGCUAUUACCAAAAGUUGAGAAGUGUUUAAAAUUCCUUUAUGUGGUACCAUGUCUGUUUACUUAUGCUCAUGAGCAACAAUAAAUUACUAGUUUACCUUCUGGAAUUUUAAUUGUUAUAACCGAAUUCAAUUCUUGGAAGUGAAAAGCACCUCCCGGUCACACAACAGGGUACGUAAAUAAAUGUGUUGUAACCAGU